AUGCACCGAGUGGUCUCCAACCAGCGCUCGGUCUCCUCCUCCUCGGGCUCCUUCCAGGCUCCUCCGCCGCCUCCCCCUGCCGCUGCCGCGGACCUGCAGCCCCUUUUCCUGGGCGGCGGCGGCGGCGGCAUCAGCAGCACCAGCAGCUCGAGCGGCGGCACCCGGCGGGGCAGGCGGGGCUCGGUCUCCAGCUCGGCCUCCACCCGCACCCGGAGCAGCAGCACGAGCAGCGGCCGCAGCAGUGAGGAGGACGACGAGGAGGAGGAAGAAGCCAAGCCCCUCGUGCCAGUUCAGGAGCCCGCCUCGGCCGCCGCCGCCGCCGCCACACCCGCCGCCGCCGCCUGCGCCUCCCCGGGCUCCAGCAGCUCCUCCACGUCUGGCUGCAGCAUGACCGCCGGGGAGCUGUACGGGGCUCAGAUGGCCGGGCCGGGAGCGGCGGCGGCGGCAGCGGCAGCGGCGGGGGGUGCUGCAGCCGGGCUGCUGUGGGCCGGCGGCUCCGGCGGCGGGUCUCGCUGGGGCUAUAAGGCGCUGUCCCUGGUGCUGCUGCUGGGCCAGGGCGCGCUGCUGGAUCUCUACCUGAUCGCCGUCACCGACCUGUACUGGUGCAGCUGGAUCGCGACCGACCUGGUGCUGGCGGCCGGCUGGGGCAUCUUCUUCUGCCGCAACAGCCGCGCUCGCCGCCGGGAACGCCCGUCCGGGGCUGGAGGAGGCCACCCGCCGCCCCCGCCCCCUUUGCACCCUCUGCUGGGCCACCCUCCGCACGGCGGCCGAGGCGGCAGCGCUGCCUCAGGCGGCAAGGCAGGGGGCGCUCCGCGGGGCGGGGACUUCGCCUACGCCCACUUGGCCUGGCUGAUCUACGCCAUCGCCUUCACGCCCAAGGCGGCGCUCAUCCUGGGCACGUCCAUCCUGGAACUGGUGGAGCUGCGCCUCCCGCUGGGCGCCACCGGCUUCCGCAUCACGCUGGCGCUCUCGGCCCCGCUGCUCUACUGCCUCCUGCGGGCCAUCGGCACGGAAGCCGGGGCCGGCUCGGGCCAGCUGCUCCUGCCGCCCCAGCCGCCGCCCCAGCACCGCGCCGCCGCCGCCUUCCUGGCCACCUGCCUGGACCUGCUGGACAGCUUCACCCUGCUGGAGCUGCUGCUCCUGCAGCCCGGCCGGCCGGCCUUGCCUCUGCCGCCGCCGGUCCGCUACGUGCUCAUCGCCGUGUAUUUCUUGUGCCUGGCGUCGCCCGUGCUCUGGCUGUACGAGCUGAGCGCCCCGCGGGCCCCCGGCGCUGGCCGCCUGGCCCUGCACUGGCUGCUGCCCGCCGGCCUGCUGGACGCGCCCCUGCUGGCCCUGCGCUGCCUCCUGCUGGUGCGCUACCAGCAGCCCCUCUCCGUCUUCAUGCUCAAAAACCUCUUCUUCCUGGCCUGCCGGGGGCUGGAGGCCAUGGAGAGCUGCUGCCUCCUCCACUCGGCCAGCGGCCACGGGAGCCACGCCAAGAACGCGGCUGCCCCUUCUGCUGGCGUUGGCGGGGGCCAGCUCAGUCACUGCAUCUCCGAGAACGACAUGGGGCCCCAUGGCUACGUCAACACAUUGGCGGUCACUGCGCAGAGCUGA